AUGAAUUCUUCCGAUUCUGAUUUGGCGCUUGACCUUAAAGGUCAUGACGAGGUCUGCACUAAAACUAACGAAGCGGCUCAGGUUUUCUCUGAAGUAGAAGCAGGUUCAGAGUCUAAAGUAGUGACCGUAAGACCGGAAUCAUUGGAAAAAGCUGACAAGGCUCCCGGUGGUGUUAGUGUGUGUGAGAACACCCCCGUUUCAACCAGUGAUGGUGAAACCAAUUUUGUCGAACACGAAAUGGCCUUUUGGAAAUACAUCGCUAAAAUUUGUGCGCACGAUGUUGCUCCCCCUGUUGUGCCGGAAGGCAAAGAGAUCCCAUAUGGUAUCAUGCUAGACCACUUCCCACCGCAUUCUUGGUGGCUCGAGUUAGUUGCCUCUAUCAAUUUGUCAACUCAAAACCUUUCCGAGAGUUCGAAGUUCCCUUACUACAAGGGAAUGGAGCAGAUCAGAAAUAUAUUAUUGCCCGUGUUCAGUAUAUUUGAAAAAUCUCACCGGCGCAUUCUGACUGGGUUGCAGGAUAUGAAUUAUCCAAAGUACAUUUAUUUUGACGAGCUGUCAGAAAAAUGGUUAUUAAGUGUUCAAGAGUACGAGCUUAAGUUCGCCGAGAAGCAGGGCGAGAUCCUUGCCGUAAUCUCCAAUACCGCUGACGUCGAUGCAAAUAGAGCUCUUCAAAAGACAUACGAUCAUUUCGUGCGUCGCAACGAGCUUUGGUGUAGACAGACCAAAUGGUACUACGAACAUAUCUACCAAGGUGUAUGGUACACGUUCUACUUCUGUUACUAUGCGUGGACCGAUCAGAUCGGGAUAUGGAUCUACACGGGGCUUAAAUCUAUCGGAGAUGCGUGGGACUACCUUGAGAGGUGA